GAUCGGCGGUGCGCUGUGUCCCUCGGACCACGGAAAGAGCCAAAAAUCUGUGUCCAAUCACAGCUGAUCACAUGGGACAGGUACACUGACCAUCAGGGCACUGAUGAUCAGUGUGCCCUGAUGAUCAGUGUGGCCCCAGAAGUGGCAGCUGUCAGUGCUGAACAGUGCCAACUGCCAGUGCCCAUCAGUGCCACAUCAAUGCCACAUAUCAUUCCCAACAGUGCACAUCAGUGCCCAUCUGAGCUGCCUUUCAGUGUCACCCAUCAGUGCCAGUCAGUGCCACCUAUCAAUGUCAAUCAGUGCCACCUAUCAGUGCUGCCAAUCAGUGCCACCUAUCAGUGCCAGUCAGUGUCACCUAUCAGUGCCAGUCAGUGCCACCUAAAAGUGCCAGUCAGUGCCACCUAAAAGUGCCAGUCAGUGCUGGCUAUCAGUGCUGGCUAUCAGUGCCAUAUAUCAGUGCUGCCUUUCAGUGCCCAUCAGUGAUGCCUGUCAAUGCCCAUCAGUGCCACCUAUCAGUGCAUCCUUAUCAGUGCCCAUCAGUGCCACCUAUCAGUGCCCAUCAGUGCAUCUUAUCAGUGACCAUCACUACAGCUUCAUUAGCGCACAUCAGUAAAGGAGAAAAAUCACUUAUUUUACAAAAUUU